GGACACAAUGGGAACGUACACCUCUUUGCGUCUUUGUUUUGUGUCAACACCAGAUUUAGGAUUUCGCUCACAACUCACUCUUCAGAACCCUCUGGUAUCCAAAUGGAGGUAUAAGCGAAAUUACAUAUCGGUAAUUUCAAUGAUUUGAGUUAUAGAUUCUCGGCUAUUUCCAAGAAGAACUCAGAUUAAGUUAAAGAAAACCGAUUUGAGCCCUCGAUUUGGUUUCAAUUUCAAUUGAACGAUCCAUACAAUGGUGGCGAAAACGGAGAAAUCAGCAGUGGAUCUUCUGAAGUCACCGGGUAUGACUUCCCUUUUCAAAUCCCUGAAACUAAAAACGAAGCAACAGGAGCUUUUGAUUCGAGUAACGAUACUGUUUUUGGUGUAUGUAUUGGCGUUUAUUACGCGUUUGUUUAGUGUGUUGCGUUAUGAGAGCAUGAUCCACGAGUUUGACCCGUAUUUCAAUUACCGGGUCACUCAGUUUUUGACUCAGAAGGGGUUUUACGAAUUCUGGAACUGGUUUGACUCGGAGAGCUGGUACCCGCUUGGGAGGAUCGUUGGUGGGACACUGUUCCCUGGUCUAAUGGUCACAGCCUACCUGAUUUACCGGACUCUCCAGUUUCUGAGGUUUGCCAUCCACAUUCGUGAAGUUUGUGUACUCACUGCACCAUUCUUUGCCUCAAACACCACUCUUGUUGCUUACUUUUUUGGGAAAGAGUUAUGGGACUCUGGGGCUGGGCUUGUAGCAGCUGUGUUGAUUGCCAUUUGCCCUGGUUACAUCUCAAGGUCGGUUGCAGGUUCAUAUGAUAAUGAGGGGGUUGCUAUAUUUGCGCUGUUGCUCACUUUCUAUUUAUUUGUCAAGGCUGUGAAUACGGGGUCACUUGCUUUUGCCCUGGCCUCUGCUUUUGGGUACUUCUAUAUGGUUUCAGCAUGGGGUGGUUAUGUUUUCAUAAUUAAUUUGAUCCCGCUAUAUGUGAUGGUUCUGUUGAUUACUGGGAGAUACUCAAUGAGAUUGUACGUAGCUUAUAAUUGCACUUAUAUCUUGGGAAUGUUGCUUGCAAUGCAAAUUCGUUUUGUGGGCUUCCAGCAUGUGCAGUCUGGAGAACAUAUGGCAGCAAUGGGAGUAUUUUUUUUGAUGCAGGUGUUUUAUUUCCUGGAUUGGGUCAAACACUUGCUGAACGAUCCAAAAUUGUUUCACACAUUUCUGAGGAUUACGGUGACCUGUGCAGUAGGUUUGGGUGCCAUUGCUUUGGGCGUUGGUACUGCUUCUGGUUAUAUCUCUCCAUGGACGGGACGGUUUUACUCUCUCUUGGAUCCAACUUAUGCAAAGGAUCACAUUCCCAUAAUAGCAUCUGUAUCUGAACACCAACCGACAGCAUGGUCAUCAUUCAUGUUUGAUUUUCAUAUACUGCUUUUCCUUUUCCCUGCGGGUUUGUAUUUCUGUUUCAAACGGUUGUCAGAUGCCACAAUAUUCAUAGUGAUGUACGGUCUCACAAGCAUGUAUUUUGCUGGAGUAAUGGUUCGGUUAAUUCUUGUUGCUACACCUGCAGUAUGUCUUAUUAGUGCCAUUGCAGUUUCAGCCACUAUUAAGAAUUUAACUCAGUUGGUGCGGGCAAAGAGCAAAGCUUCUCAUAGUGCCUCUGGCAAAGGAACAAUUAGCAAGGCUUCUUCCAAGGGCUCACUGGAUCAAUCACUGCCAUUCCAAAGAAAUGGCGCUAUUGCAUUGCUUCUCGGUGCAUUUUUCUUGCUGAGUAGAUAUGCUAUCCACUGUACCUGGGUCACUUCAGAGGCAUACUCAUCUCCUUCAAUUGUCUUAGCUGCAAGGGGUGCCCAUGGGAACCGGGUCAUUUUUGAUGAUUACCGUGAAGCGUACUUCUGGCUGAGGCAGAACACUCCUCCAGAUGCUAAGGUGAUGUCAUGGUGGGAUUAUGGCUAUCAAAUCACUGCCAUGGGGAACAGAACAGUGAUUGUUGACAAUAACACCUGGAAUAACACACACAUUGCUACUGUUGGACGUGCAAUGUCAUCUUAUGAGGAUGAAGCAUAUGACAUAAUGAGAUCACUAGAUGUGGAUUAUGUGUUAGUGGUCUUUGGAGGUGUUACUGGCUAUUCUUCUGAUGAUAUUAACAAAUUUUUGUGGAUGGUAAGGAUUGGAGGUGGAGUCUUUCCUGUAAUUAAGGAACCAGAUUACCUUGUUAAUGGUGAAUAUCGUGUUGACAAAGGUGCAGCUCCAAAGAUGUUGAACUGUCUAAUGUACAAGCUUUCUUACUACCGGUUUGGUGAGGUGACGACAGAAUAUGGCAAACCUCCUGGCUCACAAAUAUUGUAUUUGCUUGGGAUGGGGCUGAGUCCUGCAAGCACUUCUGCCUAUAUCUCAAUGGUAGUGGUAAAGCUCAUUUUUAUCAAGAACCAAAUAUGGACGAAAAGCUGAAGGCUACAGUAAACUCUCUUCCAUGGUAGAUCUGCCACACCUGAAAUGGGGAUGGAAUGAUAAUGGAUUUUCGAAUUUCUCCACGAUAUUAUUGAUUUUUUGGAUCCCCCAUCGGCAUCAACCUGAGUAGUACACUAUUUUCGAGGAGUUUCACCAAUUCCUAAUAGUUGAGUCCACGUAGAUUGAGAAGAGAUGAUGCUUUUUCUGGUAACUGGAUCUAGGGUAGCGUGUACAUGUUUGAUAAGUGUUGUGUCUUGCCGGGCACUGGCUCCUCAAA